AUCCAGUGUGGAUGCAUGGGGGCAGCCUUACAACGGAAGGCUCUGGGGAUGAGGCCAGGGGAGUGAACAGACAUGGCCUCUGGUUUGGGCUUGAACCACCUGUGUUUUCUCACAUCAUGGCAACAAAACUCUGCAACGUGGUUAGUAUUAUGUCUCUUCGGAGAUCUGGAAACUGAGGUCUCAGCGACUUAUUCAUGGAUCCAUAAAACCCUUCCCAGGAUCAAAGCAAGUCAGAGGUCACUGCCACUACCCAACUCCAUCUGUGGCUUGCUUUCCCUGGUGUUAGCUCUCUGCUCCAGCCCAGGUGGUGACACCAAGUAAGGGCCUGAGUCAAAGGUUCCCUUCCUUCCCCUCCAGAGAUCCUGGCCUUUAGCUAAUCCCAGCCCUGUCCCUAUGCCUCAUCUUCCGGGCCUGAGAAAUGGGGCCAGCUGUGUCUGCUGGCCACCAGCCCACAAAGAAGUUUAUUUGGAUUAGUUUACUCACACUGCAGGUGUGUCUUGGUUCCCAAAGAAAGGGAGCUUUAUUCUUCAGGCCCCGUGAUGCCUCUUGACAGGAGACGUGGGAGUCCUCUUGAGAAACAGUUGAAGCUUUAUAAAAUGAAGGGGUGAAGGCUAUGGAUACAAUUGUGAGAAUUUUAAACAUCAACCACUUGGGUUGGGAAAAUGGGACCAGUGCCCUCAUUCUGGCAGUGAGGUGAUUAUUUAUGAAGACACAGGGUUUUUUUUUUAAACCAUCAAACUUACAUAGUAGCACAGAAGCUAAAUUCAAGGGGAUCAGGAAGCGAUGCAGCAAUGAUCAAAAUUUUCAAUCCUGUCCCUGCUCACCUUCCACGGGCAAUGGCAAGUCACUGCCUCUUUGACACUCAGAGCAGAACAAAGCUAUGGAAGUCUAGGUAGAUACAGAACAUCAAAUGCAGAUACUGAAUGGCCAGUGACACUUAGCACAGUGGCCUGGGCUCUGAGAUGGGCUACAUGGCUGUGGCAAUGGCAUGAGACUGGCUGCUUCUCUUCCUUCCAGUUAACCCAGCAGCCCUUUCACAAAUAACUUUCUGCUUUGGGAAUUGAAGAUGCACCCUUAGCAAUGAUUAUCUGCUUGCUCACCUUUAGGGCAGCCUCUCUCCUUAUACCCUCUGGUUAUUUUGCUUACACAUGCAUGUAUCUCACAAUUUAAAUUUGUAUAUUUUAUUCAUAUGUGGAGGAUUUUUCCUGCAGCUUAGUAAAGCACUAAAUAUUAUAUGAACAUUAUUCAAAACAUGUCCAUUCCAUUAAACCUAUUUAUAUGCCAUCAUUAUCUGCAGCAUUAAAUACACUUUAUAUCAUCAGAAAUUUUAUGAUAUAUUUAAAAAUGAAUUUCUACUUAGCUUAAAUGCAUUAGGAAAUUAUCCUGAGACAUGGCUAAAAAUGCAGUCAUGUUUAUUUGUAACUGCCAGAAAAUGGCUUGCAAAAUUGUUAGUGUCUUUUAUUAUUCCCUGCCAGUGGAGCACUUGCUUGUUAAUUAGAGAAAUUUCAACUGUCAUCGUUGGCAAUUAUAGCUUCUGUAUCAUUGUCUGUUAUGAAUAGUCAAUGAGGGCUGAUUAAUAUGCAUGAGCGGCAGUAUAUAUAGCGUGUGCAUUGGACCACAAUCCAGCUGCCAGAGUCACUCAGAGGAGGGAGCAGUGUGUGAGUACGUGUAUGUCUGUUUGUGCGUGCGUGCAUGCGGCUGCAAGAGGAAGAAGGGGAGCGUGGAAGGGGGAGAGUUGUGUGCAGCCUCCUAGAGCACCGCCAGCCUGCGGUGUCCCAGCAUCUGGCACUGAGGCUCCUGGAGCACACCUCAUGCCUGCGUGCUGAGGGCGCUGCUCCUCCCAGGCGCCCGCCAACCCUGCAGCCGUCCUCAGCCGGCUCUCUAAACAUGGGAUGCAGUCUGUGCAGCCUGCAGAAGCAAGAGGAGCAGUACAAAUUACUCUACGAAGUUUGUCAGGUCAACGGCAAAGAUUUAUCCAGAGCAACUCAUGACCAGGCUGUGGAAGCCUUCAAGACUGCUAAAGAGCCCAUCGUGGUGCAGGUGUUGAGGAGAACGCCACGGACCAAAAUGUUCACGCCUCCAGCAGAAUCACAAACGGUGGACACGGCCACCCAGACGGACAUCACCUUCGAGCACAUCAUGGCUCUUACCAAGAUGUCACCACCCACCCCACCGGUGCUGGAUCCCUAUCUCUUGCCAGAGGAGCAUCCCUCAGCCCAUGAGUACUAUGACCCAAAUGACUACAUUGGAGGCAUCCAUCAGGAGAUGGACAGGGAGGAGCUGGAGCUGGAGGAAGUGGAUCUCUACAGAAUGAACAGCCAGGACAAGCUGGGCCUCACCGUGUGCUACCGGACAGAUGACGAAGAUGAUAUUGGGAUUUAUAUAAGCGAGAUCGACCCCAACAGCAUCGCAGCCAAGGAUGGGCGCAUCCGGGAAGGAGACCGAAUUAUCCAGAUUAAUGGGAUAGAGGUACAGAACCGUGAAGAGGCUGUGGCUCUUCUAACCAGUGAAGAAAACAAGAAUUUUUCCUUGCUAAUUGCAAGGCCCGAACUCCAGCUGGAUGAGGGUUGGAUGGAUGAUGACAGAAACGACUUUCUGGAUGACCUGCACAUGGACAUGCUGGAGGAGCAGCACCAUCAGGCCAUGCAGUUCACGGCCAGCGUGCUGCAGCAGAAGAAGCAAGAAGAAGACGGCGGAACCACAGACACAGCCACCAUCCUGUCCAACCAGCACGAAAAGGACAGUGGUGUGGGGCGGACGGAUGAGAGCACGCGCAAUGAUGAGAGCUCGGAGCAGGAGAACAACGGCGACGACGCCCCUGUGUCCUCCCCACCGCUGGCGGGGCAGAGGAAGCUCACAUGCAGCCAAGACACCCUGGGCAGCGGCGACCUGCCCUUCAGCAAUGAGUCCUUCAUCUCCGCAGACUGCGCUGACGCCGACUACCUGGGCAUCCCGGUGGACGAAUGCGAGCGCUUCCGGGAGCUGCUGGAGCUCAAGUGCCAGGUGAAGAGCGCCAGCCCCUAUAGCCUAUACUACCCCAGCAGCCCCCUGGACGCCAGCAAGAGCGACCCCGAGAGCGUGGACAAGGAGCUGGAGUUGCUCAACGAGGAGCUGCGCAGUAUCGAGCUGGAGUGCCUCAGCAUCGUGCGCGCGCACAAGAUGCAGCAACUCAAGGAGCAGUACCGUGAGUCCUGGAUGCUGCACAACAGCGGCUUCCGCAACUACAACACCAGCGUGGAUGUGCGCCGGCACGAGCUCUCGGACAUCACCGAGCUUCCAGAGAAGUCCGACAAGGACAGCUCGAGCGCCUACAACACCGGAGAGAGCUGCCGGAGCACCCCGCUCACCCUAGAGAUGUCCCCGGACAACUCCCUGAGGAGAGCAGCCGAGGGCCUCGGCUGUCCCGGGAGCGAAGGCGCCGCUGGGGCCGCGGAAGCUUACGGGCCGUCCUCAAAGAAUCUGCUCUCCAUCACAGAAGAUCCCGAAGUGGGCCCCCCUGACUACAGCCCCUCUCCUAAAGAGCUUGACCCCAGCCAGACCCUGGAGAACAAGGAGAGGAAACCCAGCGACGACAGCAGCAGCCCCAUCCCUGGCCAGAAGCUGGGUGGCUCCUACCUGUCGCCCUUCCCCCACUCCCCCUACAAGCACGCCCACAUCCCAGCGCAUGCGCAGCACUACCAGAGCUACAUGCAGCUGAUCCAGCAGAAGUCGGCUGUCGAGUACGCACAGAGCCAGAUGAGCCUGGUGAGCAUGUGCAAGGACCUGAACUCCGCCAACCAGUUGGAGCCGAGGAUGGAAUGGAAAGUGAAGAUCCGGAGCGACGGGACACGUUACAUCACCAAGCGGCCGGUGCGGGACCGUCUGCUGCGGGAGCGGGCACUCAAGAUCCGGGAGGAGCGCAGCGGCAUGACCACGGACGACGAUGCAGUGAGCGAGAUGAAGAUGGGGCGGUACUGGAGCAAGGAGGAGAGGAAGCAGCAUGUGGUGAAGGCCAAGGAGCAGAGGCGCAGGCGCGAGUUCAUGAUGCAGAGCCGGCUCGACUGCCUGAAGGAGCAGCAAGGGGCCGACGACCGGAAGGAGAUGAACAUCCUCGAACUCAGCCACAAAAAGAUGAUGAAGAAGAGGAAUAAAAAGAUAUUUGAUAACUGGAUGACAAUCCAAGAACUCUUAACCCAUGGCACGAAAUCUCCAGACGGCACUAGAGUAUACAAUUCGUUCCUAUCGGUGACUACUGUAUAAUUUCCACUUCUGCAUUAUGUACAGAAAGGAGAACACUACCAUUGGGGUAGAAAUUCCUGCCUCGUUCAAUGUGGCAAGUUUUUGUAUAUAAGAUAAAUACUGUCAUCGUGUUUAUAGUCGAAAUUGGCGAGCCCUACAACUCUGGGUGUCCUAGCUCUAUUUUAAGUGGAGAAAAACCACCCAUAUAACGAUCUAUCUUGGAAGGCAAUAUUAACAAACAGAGCUCUUUUCAAAUAGCAGUGGUACUUUUUUACUUGUUAUCUUUUACAUAAAGUGUUUAAAUUUCAAAAAGAUCUUUUAUUAAGCAUACUUUCACAGAAUUUGUUUAAACCUAUAUUCAUAUAAAAAAAAAGUUAAACACGCUUUUUUUUCCUGCCGAAACCACAGAUAUGACUGCCAGUAUGUAUUUUUAAUGGAACUCUAUUUUAUAAUGUUACUUUGCUGAAUGUAUUUCAUAUGGGUGACCGUUAAUAUAUUAUUUAGGUCAGAGCUUCAACUCAAAACCACCAAACUCUUUGGUAACAAUUCAAUACACAUAACGAUACCAGCAGUGUUUAGAUUUGGGAUACAUAUUUAAACAUUUUUCUGGUCAAAGUUCCCAAGAGAGUGUAAAGGUUUUAACAGAAAGCAAAAUAUAAUGCAGAUUUGUGGAAGUUUAAAGCAUGUUUGCAAAUAUUGCAGCCGUUGGAAGACUUUGCAUGUACAGGAAAGUUGUGGAUGGAGAUGGUUUGUGGAAUUUUAAGUGCUUAUUGUAGUAAACCUUUGCUUUGUAGGUUCGAAGGGACGGACUUUUACGAGAUUUACAAAAUCAUGAUUAGUUACAAACAUUAAGUAAAAUGAAGUUAAAUAAAUUAUUUUCUAUUUGA